CGCACAGUAUGCUGUUGCUCCCGAAGGAAGAAAGAAGCGACGGCGGUCGACGGUGUGAUUCGGUUCGUCCACGUACUCCCCGGAUACCGUAAACGUGUGCACACGCUCGUUUCGCAACAUGGAAUAAUAUAUCGACCGGUGCUACGAUCGAUAAUACUCGUUUUAACAAACGGGGAACGUUCGUCUGCCUACCCGCGCGCCUAUCCGGCAAAAGUUUACCAGUUUCGUUAUACGUGAAAAAGGGCGCAGCUGCCGUUUCGAUCUCAUUGUCGAAAGGAAUCGCGAGCGAGUUAAUAUCGUCCCGGAAGCGACUGCCAGCGGAUAUACGUCGCUGGUCUCGAAGCCGUUUCUCCGGAGGGCAUCGCACACAGUGCUUGAUUCGAUUUCGCCACGCAAUUACAGCGGAAAGCGAUAAAGCUGGAAGAGAGGAGCUGGCGCGACGGUAGAACGGAAAUUGCAAAGGGUGUUCGAGUCGCUGAAGGGACGGGACGAGAGCACGAGGACGAUGCUUCGGCUACCCGUGGUCACCGUUGCGAUCAUUUCGAUGCUCGUAAGCGGUAAUACGGUGUUACCAAACGCGGUGGUCCAGAAGGGUGCCACGGAGACUUCGGCGAUCCCGCAGACGAAGAUCGAUGCAACGAACUCUCCGUCGAUCAACGAUAGCUCGGACGCGAUAACUUCGGUCGAUCCCGGCGAAAGUAAGAAGGGGGGUGUAGAUGUUAACAAAACUGCUGCAUCGCCGAAGACGACUAAUGUUCCCGGAACGAUACCGCAGCACAUAGCGAAUCCGAGCGAAUCGGAGAAGCAUAAAAAGUGCAAUUCGACGAAGGAGCCGGAGGACAUGCAAGGAUGCUACGUAACACCGUCCGAUAGCGGGGAAAACGUGGACGAGAAUGCGACGCAAACCGUGACAGAAUCAACAACAAUCGCGAGCGCCGUGACCAAGAAGCCCGAGGCGAAUAAAACGGAAUCUCAGACGCCGGAACCUUCGCCGGAGAAGCCCAAAGAGAACGAUAAUAGAACUAACAACAAGAAGAAGGUGAAUAAGGAUGAUAACAAGGAAAAUGAUAACAACAAGAAGAAGGUUACCGUGGAUAAUAAUGGCAAAAGUAAUACCAACGUCACUAUAGUUAUGAUAAAUUCGACGAAACCCACGGAUCAUGUGGUUUACGAAGUUGUGUCCACCGAGGCGAGUCACGAGAAAAACACGAAUGACACAGGAAACGGCACGAUAUUUAGCACCGUGCAGCCUGUCGCUGUCGAUGGCACCACGGUAUCGACUAAUUCGGUAGCGCCGCUGAUAGCAGACAAAGGAGCAAUUAAAGAACCCGGAGAUGUUGUUGCACAAGUGAAAUCGGCGGAACGAAAAAAAAGUAUGCCAUCCGGAGUGAUCGCGUUGAUUACUGCGAUGAGUUUUGGCGUCGCGAUCGCAACAGUAUACAUUGGAAUGAUCGUCUGGAGGCGGUAUGUUGAGUACAGGUACGGCCAUCGGGAGUUACUCGUUAACGAACUAGAGUUCGAUACUAAUGAUUUGCGUCAUUUCGAGUUGUAAUUCGAGGAGAGUUAAGGAAUUUGCGAAAAGAGGUACGAUCGAAUGACUCACAGCUGACUCACAGCUGCUAUCAUACACCUAUUAAAGAUUCAUUAAUCUGUGAUACUAAGGACAUGCUUUGCGACUGACAGUCAACGAACCAAAUAUAUUUGGAUAAUGUUAUAUACAUUUAUUGUAAAAUAAUUGUUUUAUAUGUAUGUAUACAACCCGACUUUUUCAACAAGUUAGUCGUUCAUUCCUGCUCCUGUAGUCGAUUACAAUAACGUUACUAUUAUUUAUAUUUUCCCAUUUUAUUUCACACGAUGAUGAUAACACACGGAUCGUUCAGCAACGUGUCCGCGUGUUUUUGAAACUGUAUGGGUGCUAGAACGAAAUGUAUCGGUUCCCUAAAUGAUUCUUGUGAGCGAUAUACUUUAUUGUUUUGUAGUAUUCCGAUUGUUAUUUAAUACGUAUUAAAUUUUUGUAAUCUAGCAUUAUCACUUUUGCUUUUCAUUUUAUAUUAUACCGUAUGUGAUAAACGUGUACAUAUUGUUAGUAAAAUAAAUAAGUGGAGUAUUUUUUUAAA